CCGCCUCUCCCUCCUCCCCAUUACGGGCGCCGCCAUGUUUGCACCGUAACGCCCCCCCAUCCGUACGGCAACUCACCGGAAGUCGCCCCUCCUACUUCCGGUUUCCGCGGCCUUCGCGGCGGCGGCGAUAACGCAACGAUGGACAGCGAGUUUUCGGACGCGGAGGCGCCGGCGGGCGGGGAGGAGAACGCGCCGGUUUAUUGUGUGUGUAGGAAACCCGAUAUCAACUGCUUCAUGAUCGGCUGCGACAACUGCAACGAGUGGUUCCACGGCGACUGCAUCAACAUCACGGAGAAGAUGGCCAAGGCCAUUCGGGAAUGGUACUGCCGGCAGUGCCGCGAGAAGGACCCCACCCUGGAGAUCCGGUACCGGCACAAGAAAUGGCGGGAAAAGGAGCGAGACCCCGAAACCCCCAAAUCCCAGGAGACCGAGCACGGCCGGGCCGCCAAGGUGAAGCGUUCGGCGCGCAUGUGCGGGGAGUGCGAGGCGUGCCGGCGCCCCGAGGACUGCGGGCUCUGCGACUUCUGCCGCGACAUGAAGAAGUUCGGGGGGCCCAACAAGAUCCGCCAGAAGUGCCGCCUGCGCCAGUGCCAGCUGCGCGCCAGGGAAUCCUACAAGUAUUUCCCCGCCUCCGAUCUGGGCAACGGCCCCUGUGAGGAGCACGGAAUGCCCUGGCUCAGUGACCCCGAGGACGCUCCGUUCCUGGACCCCGUGCUGCGCAAACGCGCCGUCAAAGUCAAACACGUCAAGCGCCGCGACAAGAAAUCCGACAAGAAGAAGGAGGAGCGCUACAAGCGGCACCGUCCCCGCGCGCGGCACCGGGAGCGCAGCCGGCACCCCCAGCGGCCCGACGGGCGCGACCCCGCGGGGCUGGGCCAGUGCCUGGGCCCCGGCUGCACCCGGCCCGCCAGGCCGCCCUCCAAGUACUGCAGCGAGGCCUGCGGCGUCAAGCUGGCCGCCAACCGGAUCUACGAGAUCCUUCCGCAGCGCAUCCAGCAGUGGCAGCAGAGCCCGUGCGUGGCGGAGGAACACGGCAAGCGGCUCCUGGAGCGCAUCCGGCGCGAGCAGCACCAGGCGCGCCUCCGCCUGCAGGACAUGGAGAGGAAGUUCCACGAGCUCGAGGGGCUCAUCGCCCGCGCCAAGGGGCACCCGCCGCGCGAGGACGAGGAGAGCACCGAAGGGGACAGCGAGGACACCGACCUGCAGAUCUUCUGCGUGUCCUGCGGUCACCCCAUCAACCCCAAGGUGGCGCUGCGGCACAUGGAGCGCUGCUACGCCAAGUAUGAGAGCCAAACGUCCUUCGGGUCCAUGUACCCAACGCGCAUCGAGGGGGCCACCCGCCUGUUCUGCGACGUUUACAACCCCCAGAGCAAAACCUAUUGCAAGCGGCUUCAGGUGCUGUGUCCCGAGCACUCCCGCGAGCCCAAGGUCCCGGCAGACGAGGUGUGCGGGUUCUGUCCCCCACCCAUGGGUCUCUAUGGGUUCCUAUGGGUUCCUAUGGGUCUCUAUGGGUCUCUAUGGGUUCCUAAGGGUCUCUAUGGGUUCCUAUGGGUCUCUAUGGGUUCCUAUGAGUCUCUAUGUGUCUCUAUGUGUCUCUAUGUGUCUCUAUGGGUUCCUAUGUGUCUCUAUGUGUCUGUAUGGGUCUCUAUGGGUUCCUAUGUGUCUCUAUGUGUCUGUAUGGGUCUCUAUGGGUCUCUAUGUGUCUCUAUGGGUUCCUAUGGGUCUCUAUGUGUCUCUAUGGGUUCCUAUGGGUCUCUAUGGGUCUCUAUGGGUCUCUAUGGGUCUCUAUGUGUCUGUAUGGGUCUCUAUGGGUCUCUAUGGGUCUCUAUGGGUCUCUAUGGGUCUCUAUGUGUCUCUAUGGGUUCCUAUGGGUUCCUAUGGGUCUCUAUGGGUCUCUAUGGGUUCCUAUGGGUUCCUAUGGUCUCUAUGGGUUCUCUAUGGGUCUCUAUGGGUCUCUAUGGGUCUCUAUGUGUCUCUAUGGGUUCCUAUUGGUCUCUAUGUGUCUCUGUGUGUCUCUAUGUGUCUCUAUGGGUUCCUAUGUGUCUCUAUGGGUCUCUAUGUGUCUCUAUGGGUUCCUAUGGGUAUCUAUGGGUCUCUAUGUGUCUGUAUGUGUCUCUAUGGGUUCCUGUGGGUGCUCGGGCACCCAUGGGUGCCGUGUCCCGCAGGUCCCAGCAGACGAGGUGUGCGGGUUCUGUCCCCCACCCAUGGGUCUCUAUGGGUUCCUAUGGGUCUCUAUGGGUUCCUAUGGGUCUCUAUGUGUCUCUAUGGGUUCCUAUGGGUCUCUAUGGGUUCCUAUGUGUCUCUAUGUGUCUCUAUGGGUUCCUAUUGGUCUCUAUGUGUCUCUAUGGGUUCCUAUUGGUCUCUAUGUGUCUCUAUGGGUUCCUAUGAGUCUCUAUGGGUUCC